AAGCCUCUCUUCUUUUCUGACGACCCACCCCGAAACCUAGAGAGAGAAACAGCGACUCGAAGAUAGGGAGAGAAAGAGAGCGACGCGGAGAGAAGUGAGGAGAGGCUAAGGGGAAAAGCCUCGGAAUCCUCCAAGAACGAUCCCCCCUCUCCUCCAGGACUUCGUAGAUCGUCGCGUCGAAAGAGAGGCGGUUCUCCUCCGUCUCCGAUCUGAUCGCCCGUUAUCUGUCGGAUGAUCUAUGGCAGCCUCAGUUAACAUUAUUGUAGGUUCCCAUGUAUGGAUUGAAGAUCCCAUUUUAGCCUGGAUAGAUGGGGAGGUUUUUCAGAUCAAUGGUAGUGAGGUCCAUGUGCGUACUUCCAAUGGAAAAACGGUUGUUGCAAAUUUAUCGAAGGUGUUUCCCAGGGAUACAGAAGCUCCACCUGGAGGUGUGGAUGACAUGACAAAAUUAUCAUAUUUGCACGAACCUGGUGUACUGCAGAAUCUGGCCGCCCGUUAUGAACUCAAUGAAAUAUAUACAUACACUGGCAAUAUACUGAUUGCAAUAAACCCCUUUCAAAGGCUGCCUCAUCUUUAUGACACUCACAUGAUGGAACAGUAUAAAGGAGCAGCAUUUGGGGAGCUAAGCCCUCAUGUUUUUGCAGUUGCAGAUGUUGCUUACAGGGCAAUGAUAAAUGAAGGAAAAAGCAACUCCAUUUUGGUCAGUGGAGAAAGUGGUGCUGGUAAAACUGAGACAACAAAGAUGCUCAUGAGAUAUCUGGCAUACUUGGGUGGACGAUCUGGAGUAGAAGGAAGGACUGUUGAACAACAAGUAUUGGAAUCUAAUCCAGUUCUUGAAGCUUUUGGGAAUGCCAAAACCAUUAGAAACAACAACUCAAGUCGGUUUGGUAAGUUCGUCGAGAUUCAAUUUGACAAAAGUGGAAGGAUAUCAGGUGCUGCUAUCAGAACCUACUUGCUUGAAAGGUCUCGUGUCUGCCAAAUCAACGAUCCCGAGAGAAAUUACCAUUGCUUUUACCUUCUUUGUGCGGCCCCACCUGAGGAUAUUGCAAAGUAUAAGCUGGGAAAUCCUAGAUCAUUCCAUUAUCUUAAUCAGUCUAAUUGCUUCGAGUUGGAUGGGGUUAAUGAUUCUCAUGAAUAUCUAGCAACUAGAAGGGCCAUGGAUAUAGUUGGAAUCAGCGAGCAAGAACAGGAGGCAAUAUUCAGGGUUGUAGCUGCGAUACUACAUCUUGGAAAUAUAGAAUUUGCAAAAGGGCCAGAGAUAGAUUCAUCCGUAAUUAAGGAUGAGAAGUCAAGGUUCCAUCUCAACAUGACAGCUGAACUGCUGGUAUGUGAUGCCAAAGGUUUGGAAGAUGCACUAAUUAAACGUGUGAUGGUAACACCAGAAGAAGUUAUUACAAGAAGUCUUGAUCCUGCUUCAGCAAUUGUCAGCAGGGAUGGUCUAGCAAAAACGUUAUACUCCCGCCUAUUUGAUUGGCUGGUAGAUAAAAUCAAUGUAUCUAUUGGGCAGGACCCAAACUCAAAGUCACUGAUUGGAGUUCUUGAUAUCUAUGGUUUUGAAAGUUUCAAAUGUAAUAGUUUUGAACAAUUCUGCAUCAAUUUUACAAAUGAAAAGCUGCAACAACAUUUCAACCAGCAUGUCUUUAAAAUGGAGCAGGAGGAGUAUACCAAGGAGGAGAUUAACUGGAGCUACAUUGAGUUUGUUGAUAACCAAGAUGUGCUGGACCUAAUUGAGAAGAAACCUGGUGGAAUCAUUGCACUUCUUGAUGAAGCCUGCAUGUUUCCCAAGUCAACACACGAAACGUUUGCUCAGAAAUUGUAUCAAAUGUUUAAAAACAACAAGCGGUUCAGCAAACCAAAGCUUUCUCGUACUGAUUUUACCAUUUCCCAUUAUGCAGGGGAGGUAUCAUAUCAAGCCAAUCAAUUUCUAGAUAAAAACAAAGACUAUGUGGUGGCAGAACACCAGGAUUUACUGAAUGCAUCUAACUGUCCUUUUGUAGCGGGUUUAUUUCCGCCACUUCCUGAGGAGACAUCAAAAUCUUCCAAAUUUUCCUCCAUUGGGUCACGCUUUAAACUGCAACUUCAAUCUCUCAUGGAGACCUUAAGCUCUACAGAACCUCAUUACAUCAGAUGUGUGAAGCCAAAUAAUCUCCUUAAACCUGCUAUUUUUGAGAACUUCAACAUUAUCCAUCAGCUUCGCUGUGGAGGUGUUCUUGAAGCAAUUAGGAUCAGCUGUGCUGGAUAUCCAACUAGAAGAACUUUUUAUGAAUUUCUUCAUCGUUUUGGUGUUCUUGCCCCAGAAGUUUUGGAAGGAAACUGUGAUGACAAAGUUGCGUGCCUAAAAAUUUUGGAUAAAAUGGGACUCAAAGGUUACCAAAUAGGAAAGGCCAAGGUGUUUCUGAGAGCUGGCCAGAUGGCUGAAUUGGAUGCUAGAAGAGCUGAGGUACUAGGAAGAGCUGCCAGAACUAUUCAGAGACAGAUUCGUACACAUAUUGCUCGCAAGGAAUUCCUUAUGCUGCGUAAAGCUGCUAUUCAUUUGCAAGCUCGUUGGAGAGGAAAAUUGGCUUGUAAGUUGUAUGAGCACAUGAGACGGGAAGCUGCAGCACUGAAAAUUCAGAAAAAUUUGCGUCGGUAUUUUGCCAGGAAAUCUUAUACAACACUUAGAUCAUCUGCAAUCACAUUGCAGACAGGCUCCAGGGCAAUGGCUGCUCGUAAGGAAUUUAGAUUCAAAAAGCAAACCAAAGCAGCAAUUCUUAUCCAGGCUCAAUGGCGUUGUCACAGAGAUUAUUCAUACUACAAAAAUCUGUGGACAGCAACACUUACUUAUCAGUGUGCUUGGAGACAAAGACUUGCAAGGAGAGAGCUCAGAAAGCUCCGAAUGGCUGCAAGAGAAACAGGAGCCCUCAAAGAGGCAAAAGACAAACUUGAAAAGCGUGUGGAGGAAUUGACAUGGCGUUUGCAGUUGGAGAAACGAUUAAGAACUGAUCUAGAGGAGACAAAAGCACAAGAAAUUGCUAAGCUGCAGGAUAUGUUGCAUGAGAUGCAGCUGCAGCUAGAAGAAGCAAGCUCCACGCUCACCAGGGAACGAGAGGCUGCUCGAAAGGCUAUUGAAGAAGCACCGCCAGUAAUCAAGGAAACCCCUGUCUUAGUUCAGGACACAGAAAAGAUUGAUUCAUUGACUGCUGAAGUUGAACACCUGAAGGCCUUGUUGCUAACAGAAAGUCAGGCAACUGAUGCAUCCAAGAAAGCACACUUUGAAGCUCAAGAAAGGAAUAAUGAACUAGCUAAGAAAGUUGAAGAUGCUGAUACAAAAACCGAUCAGCUCCAAGAAACUGUUCAAAGACUUGAAGAGAAAGUAUCCAAUCUGGAGUCAGAGAAUCAAGUACUUCGUCAACAGGCACUUUCCAUUUCACCAACUGGCAGGGCAUUGGCUGCACGUCCAAAAACAACUAUCUUGCAGAGAACUCCGGAGAAUGGGAAUAUUCCAAAUGGUGAAACUAAACUUGCAUUGGAUUUGAGUCCUGCCUUACCUAAUCCGAAGGAUCUUGAGAGUGAGGAGAAACCACAGAAGUCACUGAAUGAAAAGCAACAGGAAAACCAGGACUUGCUGAUUAAGUGCAUCUCUCAAGACCUAGGGUUCACUGGGGGCAGACCUAUUGCUGCUUGCCUCAUAUACAAAUGUCUUCUUCAUUGGAGAUCAUUUGAAGUUGAAAGGACUAGCGUUUUUGACCGUAUCAUUCAAACGAUAAGCUCAGCCAUAGAGGCCCAGGAUAACAAUGAUAUAUUAGCCUAUUGGUUAUCCAACUCAUCUACAUUAUUGUUGCUCCUGCAACGAACAUUGAAAGCAAGUGGAGCAGCCAGCUUGACUCCACAGAGGCGGAGAACAUCAGCUUCUUUGUUUGGGAGAAUGUCUCAAGGUAUCCGGGCCUCUCCUCAAAGUGCUGGGUUUCCUUUUCUUAAUAGUCGUCUGAUUGGUGGAUUAAAUGACUUGCGCCAAGUUGAAGCCAAAUAUCCUGCCCUGCUUUUUAAGCAACAGCUUACAGCUUUCCUCGAAAAAAUUUAUGGAAUGAUAAGAGACAAUUUGAAGAAAGAGAUAUCCCCACUACUUGGUUUGUGUAUCCAGGCUCCUCGAACAUCUCGUGCAAGCUUAGUGAAAGGAUCGCGCUCUCAAGCAAAUGCCAUAGCCCAGCAAGCUUUGAUUGCACACUGGCAAAGCAUUGUGAAAAGCUUAACCAACUACUUGAAAACACUGAGAGCCAAUUAUGUUCCCCCAUUCUUAGUGCGCAAGGUUUUUACCCAGACAUUUUCAUUUAUCAAUGUUCAACUAUUUAACAGCCUUCUUCUUCGGCGCGAGUGCUGUUCAUUUAGCAACGGUGAAUAUGUCAAAGCAGGAUUGGCUGAGCUAGAACACUGGUGCUAUGAUGCAACUGAAGAGUAUGCAGGUUCAGCUUGGGAUGAGUUGAAGCAUAUUAGGCAGGCUGUCGGAUUCUUGGUCAUACAUCAAAAGCCCAAGAAGACAUUAAAGGAGAUAACCAAUGACCUAUGCCCAGUGCUUAGCAUACAACAGUUAUACAGAAUCAGUACAAUGUAUUGGGAUGACAAAUAUGGCACACAUAGUGUUUCUUCAGAUGUUAUUUCAAGUAUGAGAGUCAUGAUGACCGAGGACUCAAAUAAUGCUGUAGGCAGCUCUUUCUUGUUGGAUGAUGAUUCCAGCAUACCAUUUACAGUGGAUGACAUCUCCAAGUCAAUGACAGAGAUAGAUAUAGCAGAUGUUGAUCCACCACCUUUGAUUCGUGAGAACUCAGGCUUUGCUUUCUUGCAACAGAGAAAGGAAUAAUGAUCCUUUCUUGGGUCCUUUUUUCUCUCCUCCCAUGCAUCUUUUAGGCUUUCUCCACCAUUCCCCGUAACCUGUGCAUAAAUAUCAACCUCAUCUUCAUCAUGUAAAUACAAUAUCAUUCUAUUCCUACAAAAUCAGUUGGUCAGCCCAGGGUAGUUGGUAGAUCUUCUUUUCUAGUAUUUGAAUUUGAUUGAUUGAAUUUUUUCAUAUAUAUAUUUUUUCAUGUGUGAGGUGUAUUUAGAGGCAGCAAGCCACUAUUCCGACUCUGGGCUGGUAUUGAAAAUGCCCGGGGUAUACUAUAGUCACUCCAAAGGGUUCCACAGUUACAAGUUGUGAUUUGACUAUUACUGUGUGUAUACUUUGUAAGUUAUGAAAGGAGCAACGGAGGCACCAUCUUGGGGCUUAUAUCUGUUGUAUGUCACAACUAUUGUAAUGUAAUGCAUUAUUCUUUCUGUUAAGAGUCUUCUGAAUCUAGGUUUUGUAUAUUAUGAUUAGACAGCAGUUUCAGCUGGAUCUCUAGAGCCACAAAACCAUGGAUUCAAUUUGCUGCUACUUUGUGGCCGAACAAAAAUAAAAUAUCUACUUGGUGUGA